GCGACGGAUCAGGUUUAAAAUGGCUGUGGAAGGGUUAAGAGCACGUUUGAAGAGUGGCCAAGACAUCAUAGUAGCCGAGGGCUAUUUGUUAGAGCUAGAGAGGCGAGGCUAUUUACAAGCCGGAGCAUUUAUUCCGGAAGUAGUUUUAGAACAUCCAGAGGUCGUCAAAGCUCUUCACGAAGAAUUUGUGCACGCAGGAAGCGACGUAGUUGUGGCAUUUACCUAUUAUGGUCAUCGUGCGAAGCUCAAAGUCAUCGGUCGUGAGGAUGACCUGAUGGAACUUAACUUACGUGCCCUGAGGAUGGCCAAAGAAGUGGCAGUCAAAACGGGCACCUUGAUGGCAGGGGAUAUCUGUAACACCACUGUGUUUCACAGGGACGAUCCAAAUUCCGUAGAGGAGGUUAGGGAGAUAUUUCGGGAACAAAUACAAUGGGCUGUACAAUGUGGGGCAGAUUACAUGAUUGCAGAGCGGUUCCAUGAGUUUGCCGAGGCCAGGUUGGCACUUGACUGUAUCAAAGAAUAUGGAAAUGGCUUGCCAGCAGUGGUGACAUUGGCACCGCAUGAAAAAGACGAAACAAAAGAUGGUCUUUCUUUUCCGGAGGCCUGUAAACUUUUAGAGGAGGCAGGUGCAGUAGUGGUGGGCCUUAAUUGUUGUAGAGGUCCAACCACAAUGCUUCCUCUGCUAAGAGAAAUUCGGAAAGUAUGCAAGGGACCUAUUGCCGCACUCCCAGUUCCGUAUCGAACGACCCCUGAAGAACCCACCUACGAGACUUUGGUUGAUCCUGAUACAGGCAAGUCUGCAUUUCCCGUUGACCUCCCGCGAUUUUUCUGCAGCAUAACACAGAUUGCAGAGUUUGCAAAGCAGGCUAGAGAAAUUGGUGUGCAGUACGUGGGUCUGUGUUGCGGAAACGCUUCACAUUACACUCGAGUAGUGGCGGAGGAAUACAACAGACGGCCGCCUGCCAGUAAAUAUGCACCAGAUAUGUCAAAGCAUUACAAGUUUGGAGCGAAGGAGUUUGUAAAGAAACACCAUGAUUUGUGAUGCCGUAAUUGACUGCUUUAUUACUCCCAAACUUUUUUUGUGAAAUAUAUUUCAUGAAGUGAUUUGUAUUAUGUGAAGGUUCUUUUCAUAUACGUUCCUCAUAUUACCCGGUAUUUCAAUGAGAUUUUCGAUUGCUUACUCUAGAUAGUAUAAAGCUUAGAUAUAAACUAGAGUGUUCCAAGGAACGCAGCAUGUGUCGCCUGCUUUAUGGCAUCAUUAAAGUAGUCCGAAAUAUCUGACGUUUUCCAGGCCUUUUUACGAUUUUUGUAUUUAUACUUGCCAGGAAAACGUCAGAACCCGGGCGCCGUUAUGAAAACUGGAAAUUUUGCCGUCUCCAACCGGAGCUGAUUUCGAUACUUGCGAACCAAAUUAAUUGCCGAACUCACAUCUUAUCAAUAGCAAAAUGCUUCUAGUACUCACCAAUAUCGAUGGAAAGAAAAUAUCACUCCACAUUUCGAUACAGGUCUUGCAAGAUUUUAAAAUGAACGAAAUGAAAACAGACCUCGACAGUCUGAUAAAAUGAUACACCAGACUGUAUAUUUUAUAAACAUUCCAUAAAAACGAUGUUUGUGAGUACUAAAAGUAUUGUACUGUUGAUAAGUUUUGCGUUUGAGAUUUAAUUCGGUUCGCAAGUAUCGAAAAUCAACCUGAGAAUGCCGCCUCCAAUUUCCAGUUUUCAUAAUGGCGCCGGUUCCGACGUUUUCUUGGCAUGUAAAAUAUCAAAAUCUUGAAAAAAAAGUCUGGAAAACGUCAGAUAUUUCGGACUAUCUUAAAGAUGGAAAUAAAUUAAAGAAAUAUAAUUCAUGCAUUUGCCUGCUAAGAAAAACUUUGAUACAAUUGCAAUUUUCAUAAAGUGUGGCAAUUGAAUAAAAAUUGUUCCCCAACCCUCAAAGCUUAUAUAAUUAAAGGGAUAAUGAAAUUGAAUUUUUUUCGAAGUAAUUACCAACAGUCACCCAGGUUAACAGGGGAUGCUUACUCCUCCAUGGCACCUGAUCCCACCGCAUAUGUUUUUUUAGAGAUACGCCUUUGCUCAGCUCAAGAUUUGUAUUGUUUUUAUGGACUUUUGAGCUUGAUUGCUGUUUGUUAUCCCCAUAUUUCAUUCAUGAUUAAAGAAAGUACUGCAAUUGUCAGUCUACAGCUUUAACAGGGGAUGCUUACUCCUCCAUGGCACCUGAUCCCACCGCAUUUGUAGAUUUGUAUUGUUUUUAUGGACUUUUGAGCUUGAUUGCUGUUUGUUAUCCCCAUAUUUCAUUCAUGAUUAAAGAAAGUACUGCAAUUGUCAGUCUACAGCUUUAACUGAAGUGCGAUUAUUUUGCUUUACCGAUCCCGAUUUAAUGAAGUUGUAAUAAAUAUUCAGUUUGUGUAGUAA